UAUUUCUCAUAGACAUUGCAUGAAAACGCGUCUCUUUGGCGUGUUGGGGUUAUUAUAGUGUUGUUUUGAGGUUACAUUGUAGUCUUUUGACUGUUUAAAGAGUAGUCGUAAUGGUGCUUUAGGACUUCACCCCCCUGUGAUCUCACACUUUGGCUUUUCUUAACGGGGUUUUGAAGUUGAAUGCAGCAUGUUUUUGUCUUUUCAACGGGAAUAGAUGGGAAGCGGUCGCUCUUUGGAUCGGUAUGGGAAGACUAAGCGCUUGUUGAAUCAUUCAAAACUGGAUGAACAAUCAAGAGAGAAGCUCCCCUGCUGACUUGAGAGAGAGAGGAGAUUACAGCUGAGCUUCACACUGAAGGCUUUGCUGUUGGAGUUGCAGGAGCCAUGAAUAGGACACUAACAGAUCCUAUGGUCAGUAGCUUCAGAGAAGAUGAUCCUCGUCCACCGGUCCCGGGGGAAGAGGGCGAGACGACAUACCACCAUCCCAGCAAACUGGCUAUGAUGAGACCUAAGGAUCUAGUGAAAUCCGUUACGGCUAGUUUUCGGGGUUCCGUGACCAGGAGAGAUGACGAUGGACUAGGGGAACCCGAGGGCAGCGCGUCCCCAGACUCGCCUCUUGUCCGGUGGACCAAAUCUUUGCAUUUCCUUCUUGGGGACCAGGAUGGUGCUCAGCUUUUCCGGGCGUACCUGGAACGUGAAAAAUGUGAGGACACUUUAGAUUUCUGGUUUGCCUGCAAUGGGUUCAGGCAAAUGGACCUCAAGGAUACCAAAACGCAUCGAGUUGCCAAAGCCAUUUACAAGCGGUAUAUCGAGAACAACAGUGUUGUGGCCAAGCAGCUUAAGCCUGCCACAAAGACCUUUAUAAGGGAUAAUAUUAAGCGUCAGCAGGUUGAUUCAGCAAUGUUUGAUCAGGCUCAAACAGAGAUCCAGACAGCUAUGGAGGAGAACGCUUAUCAGAUGUUUCUAACUUCAGACAUAUACCUCGAGUACAUCCGAACAGGGUGUGAAAACCCCAGUCAAGUGAAUCCCAGUGGACUAGGGGCACUAAAAUUGGUGUGCGGAUACUUGCCUACUCUGAAUGAAGAAGAGGAAUGGAGUUGUAAUGACUUUAAAUCCAAAUCUUUGGCCACUGUAAUGGGACUGUCUGCCAAAGCGUUACGGUCACCUCCUUCCCUGCGUGCCGUGGAAGUAUUGGAGAAAGGCUACAGGUCCUUCAGACGUGGUGAUCCCACUAAUCCCUACCAUGUUACAUCCGGUCAUAGUUUCGCCCCCGCCACUAGUGCCAAUGACAGCGAGGUCUCCAGUGAUGCCAUGACAGACGACUCCAUGUCCAUGACAGACAGCAGUGUAGAUGGCAUCCCUCCCUACAAGCUGGGCAGUAAAAAAAAUCUACAGCGAGAGAUGCAACGCAACAUGAGGAUGAACGGCCAAGUGUGCCUACCUCCAUUCCCCAGGACACGGCGGCCACCUAAGGAGAUGACUCCUGUGGAGCCGGCUGCAUUUGCGGCACAGCUGAUUGCCAGACUGGAGCGGCUCAAACGGGAACAGGAGACGAUGAGCUCCCUGGAGGAGAGACUGCAACAGAUUCAGGAGGAGGAGGAGCGGGAUGAGUCAGAAAUGUCUGGCAGCAGUGCGUCUCACUCUUUGCCUCUGCUCCCUCCUGGGUCCUGCGAUGAAGACCCCCAGGCUAUCCUUGAUGAGCACCUCUCCAGAGUCCUCAAGACCCCUGGCUGUCAGUCUCCAGGCAUGGUUCAGCAUUCCCCACGCUCCCACUCUCCAGAACAGCGCCCUCUGCCUCGAGGAAGUCCUGGUGUCCGAUCCCAGUCUGGCUCCUCAAAUGGAUACGGGCCAGCCAGGACCAUAUCCAGACAGUCCACCAAGCACAUCCAUCACCACUACAUCCACCACCACGCCGGUCUCAAAAGCAAGGAGCAGAUUGAGGCGGAGGCGACCCAACGGGUGCAGUGCCUGUGUAACGGAGCCCCCGAAUGCUGCUCGGCCCCUUACAUCCGCAGCCGGAGUCUAGGCAGGGACCAGUGUGGCAGCCCUUCAGAAGUGGCCUUGGGGCAUUCCAGCUCUUUAUCCAAGCGUCUGUGUAAAUCUGGAGGGGAAGUCAACAUGGAAGGAUCGGAGAGCAGCCUUCUACAACUGCCCAAUGAUAGUACAGACCGCUCGCAGAAUGUCUGGCAGUGGAUCCUAGAGAGUGGCAGACAGACAAAGCACAAGCCCCACAGCACUCAAAAUGCAAAGAAAUUGCAUGGUUUGGAAUCUGCCCGCACGCCCACCUGGGGAGGUGGCGGAAGUAGCGGGCAUCUCCGUGCCCACCAGCCCGCCCACCCCUUCGUCCAAGACCCUGCCAUGCCCCCUCUACCCCCUCCAAACACCCUGGCACAGCUGGAAGAGGCCUGUAGACGCCUGGAGGAAGUCUCCAAACCCCCAAAACAGAGGCAUUCAACAUCAAACCUUCAAAGAGACAAGACUCACCCUGUGCCUGUGCAGAACGGCAGUCCAGCACUUCAAACAGACGAAUCGAAAGAUCCAAAAAAGUUGUCAGGUUGCCACAGUAGUUUGGGCUCAGAGACGGUGGUUACAUACUUCUUCUGCGGCGAGGAGAUCCCAUACCGACGAAUGAUGAAAACACACACCCUCACGCUCGGGCACUUCAAGGAACAAUUGCGUAAAAAAGGCAACUACAGGUACUACUUCAAGAAGGCGAGUGAUGAGUUUGAAUGUGGCGCUGUGUUUGAGGAGGUCUGGGAUGACUGCACAGUUCUGCCAAUGUACGAGGGCAAAAUCCUGGGCAAAGUGGAGAGAAUGGACUAAACAAACCCAGAUGUGGGCUUACCCAGCACUAAAGACAACUGAAAGAGUGGAUAAUAGAUGUUUUUUUUUUAAUAUAAAGCUAAAGAAGUUUAUAUAUCCAUAAGAUGUUUGGCUCACCAAGCUAUUGAAGGAAAACUAGCCAAUGAAGUAGAGAGGAAUCUAAACCAGCAAUGCAUCAUGGAGUUGUUCAUCUGGUUUAGAACACUAAGGAGAGACACUUUGACCACUGAAGACUGUUUUUGUUUGUUUGGACUAUAACACGCCAACACCAAUGGACUGCUGACCAACGAUUUGUGAGAAUUGUAGAUGUUUGUACGUGUGUCGGGUGCGAGAGCGUUUGCCUGUGUAUACAGAGGUGCUCAUAUGUACACAAAGUUAUAAUAUGCUUCUGUCACAAGUUAAAGAAAUACUUUAUUGCUAUUUAUUAAACUGUCAUUCCCUUCCUACCCGUGUUCACAUGAUGGACAAGCUGCUUAAAUGAUUGGGAGAUCUUUCCAAUGUUACACAUGCAUGGACAGACCUCCAGAGUCACACCUCUUAACUCAACGAACUGUGCCAGAAAUAUCUCCACUGGCCAUGAGAACAAGCCGUGUAUGGACCAGUGUGCUUCUCAGAGCUUUCUACUGAUCGGGUUGAUAGAUCAACCGUUAUCGCCCAGCCGAGAUCGGGUGCUGCAUUUUUAGUGCCUUUGGUUGAUGAUCCAGGCAUUGCACAGGAACCAAAAGCCUUGUCCUGGAGCCAGUUCUACAAAACUCUUCGAAGACAACCAAGAAAUAAGAAGUGAUGUUAUUCAAAACACUUCAAACUCUUCAGGUCUGCACUGUCUUUGUGAUCAGAGGCUGUGUGGAAAGGGUUAAUGUCCUGUAUAAAGUUGAACAGAAAGAGCGCGGAGCUCCAGGGCAAACUCACGGAAUGCGCUGGCAUGAGCGGAUAAGAACAUGCUAUUGCUAGUGUAUUAUACAGUACUUGUGCCUACAUGGAUACCAUGCUGUGUGCUGCCCUGUUUCAGGGUGUGAAUAUUCCCUUGCUUUUCUGAGGGGUUUAUGUUUAAAAAAAAAUGUUUUUUUUUUUUUUUUUUUUUUUUUUUUUUAAUGCUUUAGAUACCUUGUAAUCAUGAUAUUAUGUUUCAAUGUUUUCCUCCCUCAAGGAUUUGUGUUCCACUUAAAUGUAAAUUAUGCAUUAUAUAGAGCUUCAUUUUAAAGAUGACUUGGUACUUUAAUUAUUGUAAUUAUAAAGAGAU